AUGAAGUCGCUCAUUGUCCUCGCCCUCGCGGCCUCCAUGGCCGCCGAGGUUGUCGCUCAACCCCACGACCACCGUGGCGCCCACCGCCAUCUCAAGCGCCGCGCUGCUGGUUCCAAGGUCCGCCGCGCCCCCGACGUCGUCACCGAGUGGGUUGCCAGCGCCACCGAAACCGUCUACGAACUCGACGGCAAGAAGAUUCCCAAGGACGAGGCCGCUCAGGGCUUGGAUGAUGGUCUUUUCGUCGUCAUCGGCGAGACCACCCCCAAGAUCGAGCCCGAGCAGGGUGCUCAGUUCUAUGAGAAGAAGCCCGAGACCACUUCCACGCCCGAGCCCGAGCCAACCCCCGAACCUGAGCCCACUCCCGAGCCCGCGCCUUCCCCCAAGCCCGCGAAGGCGGCCUCUUCUGGCGGCACCGGCCUGUCGGCCAAGUUCCCCAGCGGUACCAUCCCCUGCUCCCAGUUCCCGUCCGAUUACGGUGCGAUUCCCAUCAGCUACCUCGGAACCGGUGGCUGGGCCGGCAUUCAGAGGUGCCCUAACUACAAGCCUGGUGAUUCUUCCAUCAGCUACAUCGAGACCGCCGUCAACGGAGAUGGCUGCACGUCGGGCUCUUUCUGCUCGUAUGCUUGCCCUCCCGGAUACCAAAAGACUCAGUGGCCCAGCGCUCAGGGCUCGACCCUCCAGUCCAUUGGUGGUCUGUACUGCAACAGCGACGGCUUCCUCGAGCUCACUCGUGAUGGCCAUGACACUCUCUGCGAGGCUGGUGCCGGUGGCGUUUUCAUCCAGAACGACUUGGGCCAGGUCGUCUCGACUUGCCGAACCGACUACCCCGGAACCGAGUCCAUGGUCAUCCCGACCGUCUUGAACCCCGGCGAGAAGCAGCCCCUCACCAACCCCUACUCGCCCAACUACUACAUCUGGGACGGCAAGCCCACCACCGCCCAGUACUACGUCAACAAGAAGGGCGUCAGCGUCGAGGAUGCUUGUCUCUGGGACAGCUCCAGCAACCACGACGAGCGCGGAAACUGGGCUCCCGUCAACAUUGGCGUUGGCAAGAGCGCUGACGGCAUUACUUACCUCUCCAUCUUCCCCAACACCCCCACCACCUCUGCCAAGCUGGACUUCAACAUCAAGAUUACCGGUGACGUCAGCAUCGAGUGCGAGCUCUCCAACGGUGCCUACACCAACGGAAACCCCUCUGGUUGCACGACGGCUGUUCGUGAUGGCGGCGUUGCUGUUAUCCGAUACUACUAG